GCUUCUAUUUGGUUCGACGGACGGAAGCAAAUUAUUUGUUUCGCAUACUCCGCGUCGUCACUCCACAUUAAUGCUUAAUCGCGCAAGUGUGCCAUUUCGGCGAUUUGGCGGGGCACGAGGCGUCAUUUCAAAGUGUUCUCGUAUGGAGAAAUGAAACGACGUAAUGUACACGAGGCAAAACAUGUACACAAACGUCCAGGUACAAUGGCAGCACCGUGACUGGCGUCACGCUCGCGCAGUCUGAUUUAUGUUUCCGAACUCGCACGGCUUCAAUCCGACACCGCGAAUACGCCGUAUUGUGGAGGCUGUCGUUUUAAUUGCGCGCGGAUGUAAUUACCUGGAGAGUCUACCACGCCGAGGACCUUACGUAAGAGUGGACAAUCAGGUUUGAGUCUAAACGUAACAUUUUAAGCUGUUGUACUUUGUCGACGGAAGAGACGUGGGAAGAAUGUUCCGCGACAACUCGACAUUAAUCACUUUAGUUUCGCAUCGGGUGAAUUACGUCGGCGAUAAGAACGAGAUACCCGGCGUAUUCAAGCUGUCCGUUCCGCCGGUCGGCGAGCUAGAGAAUAGGGUGUCAGCGGCGAUCAAAGAAGAGGAGCAGGAAGAAGGGAAGAAGAGAGCGCAAUGGGGAAGCGAUCUGGAGUUUCUCAUGUCCUGCGUGGCCUUCUCCGUCGGCCUCGGGAACGUCUGGCGGUUUCCAUACACUGCUUAUCAAAACGGCGGCGGCGCCUUCCUCAUUCCCUACAUAAUAGUGCUCAUUAUCAUCGGCAAGCCCUUCUACUACAUGGAGAUGAUCCUCGGACAGUUCACCAGCCGGUCCUGCGUGCAAAUCUGGUCCGUGUCGCCCGCGUUCCAAGGUAUCGGCUACGGCGUCACGGUGUCAGUCUUCUCCGUCAUCACGUAUUACUGCGCCCUUAUGGCCCUGACACUCUUCUACAUGGUGGCCAGCUUCCAGUCGGUGCUGCCGUGGGCCUUUUGCUGGGAGGAAUGGGGCAGCGAGUGCUUCGACAGCUCGUCGGCCGGCGCAGCGGCGAGAAACGGCAACGGAAGUUCCGCUGAGUUUUACUUCAGGAAAUUCGUCCUGAACGAGACGGGAAUCGAGGACGGACUCGGGUUGCCCUCGUGGCAGUUGGUACUGACGUUGUUGGCCAGUUGGAUCUUCGUCUACGUGGUGAUCUGCAAAGGCGUGAAGAGCACCGGUAAAGCAGCCUACUUCUUGGCUCUCUUCCCUUACGUCGUGAUGAUCAGUCUGCUAAUACGCGCGGUUACUUUGGAAGGAGCGAUCAAUGGCAUAAUCUUUCUCUUCAAGCCCACAUGGCACAAAAUUCUGGACCCGGCGGUCUGGUACGCCGCAGUUACUCAAUCCUUCUUCUCGCUCGGAGUGUGUUUCGGCGCGGUGACGAUGUACUCCUCGUACAACAACUUCGAGCACAACGUAUCCAGGGAUUGCAUGAUCGUGACGAGCCUGGACUUCUGCACCAGCCUGAUAGCGGCCACGACUAUCUUCGGGAUCCUGGGCAACCUCGCACACGAGACCGGCAACGACGACAUCAGUAAGGUCGUGCGUGGCGGAACAGGCUUGGCUUUCGUGUCCUAUCCGGAGGCCUUGGCAAAAUUCACGGUAGUGCCGCAGCUUUUCGCUGUUCUCUUCUUUCUGAUGCUCUUCGUGUUGGGCAUCGGCACCACUGUCGCCUUCUGCAAUGUCAUCAUUAGCAUCGUCAAGGACCAGUUCCCGAAGCUCAAGCAGUGGAAAAUCGCAGCCGGCCUCUCCAUCUUCGCUUUCUUGAUCGGCGUGGUCUACUGCACACCUGGUGGACAAUAUAUCCUCAACUUGGUGGAUUACUUCGGCGGGACCUUCAUCAUUGUGUUUUUGGCUUCGUUCGAGAUGAUCGCAAUCUCCUGGGUAUACGGUGUCGACAAUUUUAUGGACGACAUCGAGUUCAUGGUGGGACGACGACCGUCCUUGUACUGGAAAUUUUGCUGGUGUUACUUAACUCCAUUGUCGUUGUUUACCAUUCUAAUUUACUUCCUCAUCAGUAUGACGCCGCUUACGUACAACGACGAAUACUACCCAACGUCCGCAUACGUUGCGGGCUGGACGCUUCUGACUUUGGGGAUUCUUCCGUUUCCCUUGGGUAUAAUCGUCGUCGGAAUUCGGAAUAGGAACAAGGCGUGCACAGAUACGUUUAAGCCGAGCGCCGACUGGGGGCCAAAGGACCCGGAAAAAUACAACGAAUGGAAGGACUUCAAGCAGUCGAAGAGGAUAUCGCGAGCGUGCGCGAAUAAGUCGAAAGUUAUCGCAAUGUUAUUUGGUAGAAAUUGACAAUAAACUAUGAUUAAGACGA